UCGGGAGGGCGCGCACAAGAAAGCCCCGAUGGAAACGUUCCUGCGCUUGCAGGGCUCCGCUUAUGACAGCGUCCGGCAGCCCUUCGCCGUGCACGAGCGCGCCUCUCGGCUGGCAGCGCUGCGCCCCGAGGGCGCGCAGAGCGCCAGGAGGGAACAGGACAGGAUCCGCGAGGAGAGGGCCACACAGGACGACAAUAUGCAAGGGGCCGGCGCGGGGCCGCCCGUCGCGACGGCGGCGCCCGCCGACGCGCCCGCGUCGGCGAGACGCCUCGGCCAGGAGGACAUGCCGAUAUCCCCGCUGCAGACGGCGCUGACCCUCAUCGCCGAGUCCAGGGUGUGGCAGAGCAAGGGGCAGUACCUGGUGACGCUCUUCCUCCUUCAGCCGAUUCAGCAACUGUGGCAGAAGGCUCUCGAGACGGACGGCUUGGACAGCCUGUCCACGGCCGCGGGCCUCGCAGCGGCCUCGAGGGACGUGCAGGUGGUCAACAAGGUGGUCGUGCGCUUCUUCGGGCACAGGGGGCUGAAGCUCGUGGCGGCGGCCAACAGCGCCGCCCGCAUCCUCGGUGGCAAGACCGCGCGCGCGGCGGCGAAGCUGACGCGGAAGCAGCCCCUCGCGGCGAACAGGCUGAAGCCCAAUUCCAAGGCGAAGAAGAAGUUGGAGGCCGAGUGGGAAUACCUCGUGCUCCUCCUCGCCGGCGAGAUCGGACUGGCUUCCCCCCCGCCCCUCGCGGGCCUGAGUCGCCGCGCGACUUUCGGCCGCCAGGGUUUGCUGCGGCUGCGCGUGGACAGGGCCAUCGAGGAGCCCUUCGGCCAGGUGCUCGCGCAGGCCAUCAUGGGCGGCUUCAUGCAGGUGAACCCGGUCUGCAGCCACACGCUGCUGGAGGCCCUGCUGGUCGACUCGCGCGUUCCCGGCGCCCCGCGGAAGGUCGCGGACGAGGACGAGGACGGCUGGAAGGUCUUCAGGGAGAUGGCCUCUGACGCGGCCCUUUUCACUGGGACGCGUCGCUUUCUCGAUGAGGAUCUGCCCCGGCUCUUCGAGAUCAUGCGCACUCCGGGAGGGGCGAGAGUGCCCGACGACUUGCGCGCGAAGAUCAGAGACCGUGUACAGCUGGGCCCCGACGGCCCGAGGACGUCCAUGGACUACGAACAGGAGGGCGUGAGGGGCUUCUUCGCCCUCGGCGCCCGCGCGGCGAUCCAGUGGGAGCAGGUCGCGCGCCUGCAGCAGCUCCGCGUGCUCGCCGCCGCGAAGGUCUGCCCGGGCCCCAGUGCCCUGUUCAACAGGGAGGACGACGGCAAGCCGGAUCUUCGGCACCGUGGCUCCGGCAGCAUGGCGCAUUCGGGGGCGCGCGGGCAGCUCGUGCAUUACUUCCAGGCCGUCGAUCGCUUCAAGCACCGCCAGGACCGAGACAUGCACCUCGAGGCGCUGAAGUUCAUGAACCUCUCGAAGAGCAACGGCCUGCCGGGCAUGUGCGCGGCCUACCUGGGCAUGCGAGGGCGGCUCGCGAAGAAAGUCAUGGGCCCGGAGCUGGUGCAGGAGGCCACGGGCGAGGUUGUGGGCAUCCGCUUUCACCCGCGGGAGCGCUUCGGCUUCGCGCAGAACACCAGCGGCGGUUGCGAGAAGCCCUCGCCGGAUCACCCGCGCUGGCAGCGGGGGUUCGUGGUCUGCGAGCAUCUCCCCGUGCACCUCGAGAUUCGCUGGGGCGGCUGCACGGUGGGCCCCGCGGUGGAUUACACUGGCCUGAAGAAGCCUGGCGUGUACCAUUUGGAACCCGUGCAGGACGAUUGGGAGUUGCCCGUCACGCGCGCGUUCACGGGGAAUCAUCUGGGCGCGGCGCGGGCCAAGCCGAUCGUCGCCAAGAGCAAGCGGAAAAAGGGGCUGGAACUCUCUUGGGCGCCCGAGGACCCGCUCACCUUCCAGAGCAUCCAGGGCCGCGCCAUCCGCGGGCCCGAGGGCGAGCCCAAGGGUUUCGUCGUCGACCUGUUUCGCCCGGGCACGAUGCAGGGCGAGGAGCGCCAGGGGGGGCAUUUCCAGCACGUCUGGAUGGUCCUCGGCAGGGCCAGGAACCUGGAGUGGAUGUUGCCGCAGAAUUUCCCGCGCGACGAGAGCGCCGGCGAUCUGGAUUGGUUCUUGUACGUCGCUGAGGACUGGAUCAAGGCGGGCGCCGUCUGCGCCCGGUCCGUCGCUCGCCCCGCGGCCGAGGCGAGGCCCGACGCGGCCCCGCGGAGGAGACUCCGGGGCAAGAGGCCGCGCGAGGACGGGCUCUCGAAGAUGGACUUGCCGACCGCGCCGUCCGAGGAGCCCGGGGCGGGCGUUUCGCUGCCGCGGAAGCGCUCGCGCGGCGAGGCUGCCGGGGGCGAGGAGGGCGAGCUGGCUUGCGCCCCUGCCGGCGCGGCGCCGGCUUCCUCGACGCAGUCGACGCUGGUAUUGGCGCCGGCGCCCCGUGCCCGCGGCUGGCACUGUGACCUGCUCGACCGCUACAUCGGCAGACCGAGGCCUGCGCCGGCGUGGUUCAACAACCCGCUCAUGGGCGAGGUGGACCCCGAGUCUGGCACGCAGCUCGGCCUAUCGUGCGGCUUCUUCGCGGUGAACCACUGUCUCGGCCACGCGGGCACGCGGCAGCUGUCGGCCGCGCAGUUCCAGCGGCGCGCGGGGAACGAACGUCACCCCGAGGGGGACUUCGAGGACGGGGCCCUGUGCCUGAACCUCCAGGACUGCGGGUGCCAUUUCGAUUUGCUGCAGGGCGCGGACCACCAGGCCGCCAUCCGCACGGUGGGGGACUCGGACGACCGGCUCGCAAUCUUCAACGGCGACCACGCCUUGGGGCUCAUCCUGCACCAGCCUGACCCCCGGCAUUGGAUCGCGCUCGUUCGACCGCCAGAGGCCGUGCGAGAUGGCGACGCUGCCUGGCUCUGCGACUCCUUGUGCUCGAAGGUUUUCGCGCCCUCGGUCGACGAGGUUCAGGAAUUCCUUGGCCCCAUGGGCCCCAAGCAGCUGCAGGCCGCGGACGGGGCCGGGAGCGAGCUCCGCCGAAUGAGGGCCAUCGCUGAUUGGUGCGCCUACAGGGCCUACGCCGCAUUUUACAGCGCUGGCAGCGACGCAGCGUCGCGCGCGUCUCAGGCCUACGCCAUCCCAUCG